AUGAGCUUUCCCCGCGGUGUAAUAGUGUUUUUGGGAGUUCUUCUGUUGUGUCACGCAAAAAGAGCCACAGCUUGUAAUGGUGGCUACGAGUUCGUCGUUCACAGCAUCGACAACUGUGCCGGGGAGGGACAGGUCGUAACGAUCGAUCCCAAGUCGACCGUCACACUUACGGAGGACUGCAAAGUGAAGUCGAAGGCCACGGCACGGACCACAGGAUUCAAGAAGGCAGAGAUGGAAGUAACUAUCACCAAGAACGGUCUACCGGUCAUGAAGGAGACGGUAGACCUUUGUGCGAAUCUGGAAGAUGCGGCCCACGAUAAGGAGGCAGCUGAGAUCCUCACCAUGUUUGGCGUUCCCGAUCAUUGUCCGGUGUCGGCGAGUGAAAUUCGCACGGAUGAAAGUCAGACGUACAGUUUGGAGAAGUACAAACACCAUCUGCUGGUUGCACAGGGACGAUCGAUCAUUGAUGUGCUCGUGAAGCAUGAUAAGGGUGAAAGUUGCUUCAAGAUUGACGUGGAGGUAACCGCACCAAAUCUCCUAGGUUAG